AUGAAUGAAUCGUUAUUAUCAUCAUCUGGUGAUUCUCUUGAAUUAUCAAUUAAAGAAAAUACUAAUGACAUAUUGGAUUCUUAUUCAAUAUUAUUCGAUAAAGCUAAACAUAAUUUUUCGACAAGUUCAGAAGUUUCAUUUAACAAACAUGAACAUUCAAUAAUUGAUCACAAUCAAAUUGAUACUAAAGAAAUAUCAACAGCCAUUAAUAAUGUACCAACAGAAAAACCUAUAAACUUCAAUCCUUUCCUUUUAUUCUUCACAGAAAAUGAUGAACAAGAAUCAAAUCCAAUAGAACUAAAUGCUUUAUUAUCAAUGAAAACCAUCUCUACUAAUAGAUCGACUGAUUCAUUUGAUGAAACAGUCAUGUUGAAACAUAUUGGUCAUUCACAUCACGCAAAACUUCAUACAUUCGAUGAUUUCUAUCGAGAUGAUUCCAAACCAAUAAAAACACGUUCAACAUCAACGGAUUCUAUUUCAACAAGUAAUUCAUCACCAACAUCUCCAUCAUCACCAAAUAGCAAUCCAUAUACAUUUUAUAAUAUAUUUUCUGAGUUUAAAUCUACAAUAACACCUGAUGUUGUUCUUGAAGAAGAUGAAACUGAACAAAAUGAUGAAAUUAUACCUCAAGAAUUAACUCCAGUACCAACAGCUGUAUUUUAUCUAGAAGAUGAUCAUCAUAAUCAUCAUCAAGCAACCUCACCAUCAUCUACAUCACCUCAUUGGCCAUCUUUAAUUCUGAAUCGUUUCCGACAUACAAAUAAUCAUCAUCAUCACUAUCAUCCUCGUGGAAUAACUAAACAAAAUUCAAUAAAUGAGAAUCAAAUGAGUUUAACAAAAUUACGUAAAAGUGAUUUAACUGAUUCAUCAAUAAGUAAACAUCGUUUUCUUAAACGUUCAGAAACUAUCAAUACUGCAAAUGGUUUAACAGAUAAAAAAUCUUCAAAUGAUGAUUUUCCUGAAUUAUCAUUAUCAACAAAUAAUAAUAUGGUUAAAAAACAUCGUUCAUUUGUUUCAUUAUUACAUCAUUUUCAUCAUCAUCAUCAUCAUAGUAAUAAUCGUGAACAUCAUCAAAAUUUAUCAAAAAAAAAUCCAAAUCGAUCAAAUUCAACAGGAACUCUUAAUAUAGAAAAGGUGAUUUCAAAUACCAAUAAUGAAAUUUCACGUCCAAAACUCAUGAGACAAAAAACUGUACCUUCAAAUAGUGAAAAUCAUUCACCGGUGAGAAGUACUCCUUCAACACCAAUAUUACCAAAAAUUGCUUCUCUAUUUCAUCGCCAUCAUUUAUCUGAACAACAUAAAUAUCGUAUAGGCAAUUUAAAAGCUCGUCUUCAUCAUCGAAGAAAUUCACCACCAUUAACAAAUACAGCACCUAAAUUUCAAUGUCAAGCAUCCAAUGAACUUAUUCAAGAAAUUAAACAAUUAGAAGAACAAGAAUAUACGAAUCCUGAUUAUAUUCGUUGUCAACGUCCUGUUAAACCGGUGGUUAUGAAGCGUGUACAUACAUGGCAUAAUUCAUUUAAUUUACAACCAGUUGAUCAUAUACAGGAAUUUAUUUGUAAUUCAUCAUCAGCAUCGUCUGGAGAAGAUGAUGAUCCAUCAGAAUUCUAUUCGAAAGUAAAUAGAAUAAUUGAUAAAGAUUUAUCAUGGAGAAAACCUGAAGAGGACUAUUCAUCUGAUGAAUCCAGUCAAUUAUCUUCAUCUCCAUCAUCAUCUUCUUCAGAGAAUGAUGAACGAAUAAUACGGAAGAAAAAAGAUAUGAAAAUAUCUAUAAAUUUUCUUGAAUCGCUCUCAAACUAUGUACCACUUGAAGAUAAACAUUCUGAUGCUAAACAAUAUUUUAUUCGAACAGGAUUUAAAAAUAAAAAUAAACGACGAGAAUUAGCUGAAAAACUUUUUUCAAUAUAUGAUCAAGAUGUUUUUUCUUCUAAACUUUCGGAUAAAGUAACAAUUGUUUGGAGUGGUCGAUUGACAGCAACAGCUGGUCAUUGUACAACUCGACGUUCAAGUCAGACAGCUACAGUUACACUUUCACAUAAAGUUUGUGAUUCACCUGAACGUUGUCGUGAUACACUUCUACAUGAACUGUGUCAUGCAGCUGUAUCAUUAAUAGAUAAUGUUACAGAUCAAGGUCAUGGACCAUUAUGGCGUAAAUGGACACAUAAAGCUGAACGAUGUUAUCCUUAUUUACCAGCAAUAUCAGUAAAACAUACGUAUGAUAUCGCUUAUAAAUUCAUUUAUCGAUGUAUUCAAUGUCAUUAUGAAGUUCAACGUCAUUCGAAAUCACUUAAUAUUGAAAUUGAUUGUUGUGGAAAAUGUAUGGGAAAAUUUGAAUUAUUAUCAAAUAAUAAUAAAACAAAUGAAGUUCAAACACCAAAGAAAACAUUAACUCGUUAUAAUUUAUUUAUUAAAGAACAUUUUCAAACAACGAAACAAGCUCAACCACAUUUAUCAACACCACAAUUAAUGAAACAUUUAAGUCAAGAAUAUAGAAAAACAAUGGAACAACAACAACAACAACAAAAUCCUAUUGAUUUACCUGAUCUAGAACAAUUAAAAAUUUGA